GCAUGAGAAAAUAAGGACAUCAGUUCAAAUAUAUGUGUUUUUUCAAAAAAGGUGUACGCGUUACGUUUUACAUGUGAAAUUUUAACAAGAACGCGACUUAUAAUCUUCCAAAAUAGGCAUUGUGAAAUCGCACUUUCUAGGCCACAUUCUUGGAUUUACGUAGUUCGUGAACAUAAUUCAAACAACAUAAGGUAAGUUCAGGUGUUAAGUACAACGAGGCUACGUCUAUACUUGCCGCGGGGGAACAUCAUCUGUAAAAAAGCCACUACGUCAGCGACUAAAAACCACUACAUACAAAACUAUAUACUACGCGUUCGUGAGGGUUCGUAGGUCACCCACUCCCAAAAUUUGCGUUAUACAAUGUCCGAUGCGAUGAGCGCUCCGCCGCCAUUAAUACCCCAGCUGCAGGAAAUGCAGCAGCAGCAACAACAACAGCAAGCUGGCGCAGCAGCACAGCAAUGGAAUAAUUAUUGGUAUGCCAACCAAAAUGCCGCAUACCAGCAAUAUUGCUAUCAAUAUUAUAUGCGCUGCCAGCAACCGCAAAAUCAGCAGGUAACGUCAACGAUCAGUUCGACGAAUGCGCCGCCUGGUUUUAGCAAUGCGGUAGCAGCUCCGCCGCCGUUACCUACUGGUCCGCCGCCACCACCACCGCCUAAUCAGCCAGGUAGCAAUGGUAAUGGCAGCGGUAAUAAAAACCAGCAGCAACAACAGCAGUCACAGCAAAAUCAGCAGCAGAAAAACUUUGGUGGCAUCCGAUUUAAUUUAAAUUUAAAUCAGAAGCGCUUAGCCAACGCUCCAAAUCCGCUCACAACGCCACAGGCACCACAACAGCUGUCAAAUCCUUUUGGUAAUACCAACAGCAACAUCAACAGCAAUAUCAACAGCAACAACAACAGCACUGUAAACACCAACAUGCUUAAUAGCAUACAUAACAAUCUACACAACAUGCUUAACAAUAUGAACAGCAAUAGCUCAGUUAACAACAUGAAUCACAACAAUAACAACAUGAACAACUUGAACAACAUGAGCAAAAAGAAGCGGAAGCGUAACAAAAACAACAAGCAGCAGCAACAACAACAACAACAGCAACAUAACAAUUCAUUCGAAAACAAGCCUAUAUAUAACGGUCACGGAAAUCCGUUCGCUGUGCAAAUGCCAUUGAUGCAGUCGCCACCACCACCUAUUCCCAAAGAAAGCGCUCCAAUAACUCCCGACUUGAGCAAGCCGCCGCCCCCAUUGCCAGAACCUAUAAUUCAGCAGCAACAACAACAGCAAUCAACUAGUCCUUUCAAACGUCCUAAUAGCUUCCAAAUGGCAUCAAACGAAUCGUGGCCCGACUCUUUAAAUCAAUAUGUGGCUCGUUGCUACUCCAAGUGUAACACAGAUUUGGAUAAGGAUCAAAUUGAUAUAUGCUUAAAAGGGAAAAUCAUAGCAGCUGCAAACCGUAAUGAACUCUGGACACGCGACUGGGAUAACGAGCCCAUGCCGACGGUCUACAGUGAACGGGACGCCAUCGAUGUGGUGCUUAGUAAUGUACCACCACCGCAGCCACAACGCAGCAAUUAUUUUAAUAAAAAACAACAACAGCAGCAACAACAGCAAUCAGAGCAGCAGCAGCAACAGCAUGCUAGUCCACAGCAAAAACAAGCUAAGAGUGCAGAAAAAUUCAAGCCGAAUCACAACGCUUUUAAUAAAUUUGCCAAUAAUACCAGUUCAAACUCUGCCUCUAACGCUAAUUAUGGACAUCAGCAGGCGCGUUAUUCCAGAAGUCGUUCGCGCUCACCGAGUUCUUCCACGUCGUCCGCUUCCAGAUAUAAUCGUAAACGUUACUCACAUUCAAAUUCGCGCUCACGUACCCGUUCGCGCAGCAGGGACUCAACAAGUCCGCCCGCGCGUAAAGUGCAGCGUAAAUCGAGCUCUAUCGAACGUCAUGCCAACGAUUUCAUACCGUUGAUUGCGAAUUUGUCGAGGAAACAGCAAAAAAUCCUGAUGAAGAAGAACAAACGCGCUGCAGCCGCUGCACAAGCAGCGGGCAAACAGAAGCCGCAUUUCUAUAAACAAUCGUCAUCUGUCGGCGGUGCCGUUGAUGAUGACAAUGCGCGCUUGCAACAGCGUGCGGCACGUUUCUCUCAGCAGGGUGGAAACUCUGCUAAGAAAUCUGUCGUCGCGAUUGCAAGCUCACCGUUUGGUCUCACAACGGCCAAGAACAAAAAGAAAUUGCAGGCCAACACACGCCAAAUGUUCUACGAAGAUUCAGAGGCUGGCGCCGGUUUAGAUUAUCUCGAUUUGCAUAUUGUAGGCACAUGUAGGGAUUUAGAAAAGUCUUUCUUGCGUCUAACGAAGGCCCCAAUGCCCUCAGAGGUGCGUCCCGUCGAGGUGUUGACCCAUUCGUUGGUCAAUGUUAAGUCGAAGUGGCGUGACAAUCAGGAUUAUCACUAUGCGUGUGAUCAGUUGAAGUCGAUACGCCAGGAUUUGACUGUCCAAGGUAUACGUGAUAAGUUUACAGUAGAAGUAUAUGAGACGCAUGCGCGCAUCGCCAUGGAAAAGGGCGAUCACGAAGAGUUCAAUCAGUGUCAAACCCAGUUAAAGAUGCUGUAUCUAGAACUGGGCAAUAGCAGUAAUUCACUUGAGUUUACCGCCUAUCGUAUUCUCUACUACAUUUUUACGAAAAAUACCUUGGACAUCACCACUGUACUGCGUUCGAUUACAACUGAUCAGCACGAGAAUCCUGCCAUUGCGCAUGCCUUACAGUUUCGCUCGGCCUGGUCAUUGGGCAACUAUUGUAAAUUGUUUCAGUUGUAUAAAACAGCGCCACUCAUGUCGGGUCAUAUGAUUGAGUGGUUCUUAGAGCGCGAGCGCAAGUGUGCACUGCGCGCCAUUAUUAAAGCUUAUCGUCCCAAUCUUAGCAUCGAUUAUGUCACAAAUAUCCUCGCAUUCGAUAGCACUGAAAAGUGCAAAGAAUGGCUCGACACAUUCAGUUUGCCGUAUGCAGCGAAUGGUGCGCAAAUCGAUUGCAAAAAUGCCGCGUCCAUUGCCAUUUGAAACACUUAAUUACAAAGUGUUGGCAAUUCUUUUUAUAUUUAACACAAUCGUGGAGUGAUAAACGCGAGCGCUUCCUAAAGACAAUACAUGCUCAAUAACGAGUUUAAAUUGCGCCUUUCGCUCGCGUCCCUUCGCCCCCACGCUGUUAUUCCCCUUACAAAGAAGAGUGUAUAUAAUGAUUAGUUAAUACGCGUGCCCCUACGAACAUUUUGUUUAAAAUCACCCCUUUUUUUUUAAAUUUGUUUAUAUACGUGCUAAAUAUCUGCGCAUUUAUUUUUUCAAAGACAACACAAUAUCAAUAAUCAAUCAGCUAAUCCGAAUCUAUAAGCCAAUAAUACUUUGAAGUCCGCGGUAUUUAAUCAAUAACCUACAAACGAAAUGGUGUGUUACCAUACCCAUCGUUGGAGAUUUUCUAAAUACUGAACCGGCAAUCCGGCACAUUGUUCUCAAAUUCAAUGUUCAAUUUAAAAAAUCUGAGUACGACGAUUUCCACGGCUGCUAGCUCAGCCUGGUAGCGGCCCAAAGUCAAGGACUCGGCAAAAAAGGCGAUUCAAAUUGCAUUGAAAGGGCCAAACUCCUGAGAAACAGGAGGCUUUCCGAUGACUUUGUUAUAGCCUUGCAGCGGAAAAAGUCAUCAGUUCCAGCUAUGCAGACCGAUCACAGAGCUUCACUGCUGGCAGAUAAAGUCAACAAAAAACAGUUGAUUGCAGUUGAUGCGGGUUUUAACACUUUUAGAUGGAAAUGUGCUAAGCUCCGUAACCACUGCAGCUGCGAAAUUGUAGAUGAAGUCAUCAUAGAUUCGCCACGAGAAAGAAUGUCGACUACCUUUUCUCCGAUUGCAGAUCAUGUCAUGUUUAACUCGGCUACGCAGGUGAACCUGGAAGGCUCGCAGUUAUCCCUGAAAUCUUAAUUUUGCAGAUAAAGUCAUCAUGAAUUCGGCUAUGCAGAAGGACCAGCUUCAGAACUUUGGAGUUGCAACGAAAGUGAUAAAGUUUUGGGAAUCGGAUCGUAAAAGUGCUGAGGAUGAUUGCAAGCUCCUGAGAACAGCGACAAAUUUUAGGGUUGGAUUCGGCGGUUGCUGCCGGCGUUAUGCUGCGAAACCAUUGCGGAAUCGGCAUCAAUGUUUUGUUUCCCCUCGGUCUUGCUCCUUUAGGUUUUAGAAAUCUCCAACAAACAAUCAAAAAACUGCAAAUUCCCUUAAGCAAUUUAAUUAUUCGAUAUCAAAAACUAAGAUUGUCUUACUGAACUAAAAAACAAUCCUCAUUGAUGUGAAAGUGUUAAACAAAUAACGAAACUGAUAUGAGCUGUGAAAUUAGAAAUGAACUUUUGAAACUAUUCCCUGACAUAACCACACACUCGAACUCCCAUUAACAAACUAUACCGUAUAAUACCUACACCCAUACACAAAUAACAACAAAUCUAAACAAUCAGAUAAACAUCAUAUAAUCCUCAUAUAUAAAUUGAAACAAACAAAUUCAAUAACGCUAACACAAAACUUCGGGGAGAAUAAUUUGUUUGUUCCCUCUUAUUUAAAGAGAAUUAUUUUUAAGAUUUAGCUUUAAAGUUUAAAUGUAUUUUUUUGUGUUUAAAUUAUUGAAAGGGUUUAUACUAAUGUUUUGUCUCUCUAUUGUAUACCUGUUUAUAAAACUACAACAACAACAUCAACGCCAUCAACUCCAAACAAGCAAUUCCGGACAUCCAGGCGAUAUGAAAAACUUAAACUGGCAUGCAGCUACAUUGGCCCGCCCGAGAGAUAAAUUACCACUCAGUUCUGGGGUCGUCACAUCACAGCAGCGUCAAAAAGUCAAAAGUUUCAAGUACAACAACAAACGGACUGGCAACACCCUUUUAAAUCAAAUAUUGUGGGAUUUGUAAGCGCUUAUAACGAUUUUAGUCUGUUAUUAAAAUGUAUGUAUAUGAAAAAAUAUUGCAAGCUUAAGGAGUAUAAAGAUUUUAUAGAAAUAGUAAUUUAUAUAUGCAGCUAAUAAUUGGCUAUAAUUAUUGUAUUUUUUUGGAAUUGAAUAAUAGUAGUAGGGACCGUUGUAAUAGUUUAUUGUAAAGAUAUAAAUUAUACUAAUUUAAAUUAGUUUAAGUGCAGGCAUUUUUUGUUUGUUUUUAACCUAAUUAAGCUAUAUUGUUAUAUUAUUAGUUUAUUUUUGAUUGUUGAAAAAAUGCAACAGAAAGGUCGACGCAUUUUCAGCACAUAUACAAUAUA